GGAAGAACAAAGAAGACGGAGUCUGUGCAGCGGAGCGCUCGGUGUGUGUUUUCUCUUGUGUCCGUCAGGAGAUUAAUCGGGUUUCCUGCCUUUCAUCUGCAGGAGUUUCCAUUCUAGUAGGAAAGGAUGUCGGUCGUGCAGCCCAGUCGCUCGUCCACCGGGUGGCCGCGCCGCGGCGGAGAGCAGUUCGGGAGCAAAUACAUCAGCGGGCCCGCUAAGCCGCUCACCCUGGAGCGGACCAUCAACCUAUAUCCUCUCACGAACUACACGUUUGGCACCAAGGAGCCUCUUUACGAGAAGGACUGCUCUGUGGCCGCCAGGUUCCAGAGAAUGCGUGAAGAGUUUGAUAAGAUGGGCAUGCGCCGGACAGUAGAGGGAGUCCUCAUCGUUCACGAGCACAGGCUGCCUCAUGUCCUCCUGCUGCAGCUGGGCACAACGUUUUUCAAGCUGCCUGGUGGAGAGCUGAAUCCUGGAGAAGAUGAGGUGGAGGGUCUGAAACGCCUGAUGACUGAGAUCCUCGGGCGGCAAGACGGGGUGAAGCAGGACUGGGUGAUAGAUGAUUGCAUCGGUAACUGGUGGCGCCCCAACUUUGAGCCUCCGCAGUACCCGUACAUUCCAGCUCACAUCACUAAACCUAAGGAGCAUAAAAAGCUCUUCUUGGUUCAGCUGCAGGAGAAAGCAUUAUUUGCCGUUCCCAAAAAUUAUAAGCUGGUGGCUGCUCCGUUGUUUGAACUGUACGACAACGCUCCUGGAUAUGGACCAAUCAUUUCCAGUCUACCGCAGCUACUGAGCAGGUUCAACUUUAUCUACAACUAACCUGACCACGAGUGGCUGUCUCUGUGAGUGCAGCCAGAAGCAUUGUGCUGAAAGGACGUCGUCUCUCGUUUAUCUUUCACGAAACAAACACCUGUUAUGUCUGGUAAAUAGAAAGUCUACGGGGUUGUUGUUAGAGACAAUGAUACGGUCCGAGUUGUUUUUUUGAUUUAUUUUUUAAACUUGUGAAGCUGCAGCCUUUUGUAGUAUGCAGGUCUCUAUUCCAGAAUCUGGUUUUAUGUUUGCCUAAAGGUUGACAAUGUUUGAUUAAAAAAAUUACAACAUUGUGUUUCCUGUUGUUUUAACCUGUAACAAUGCUGUCUUUUUUAAAAUAAAGCUGUGUUUUGAGUAUG